AUGCCAUAUCCAGCUCCUAAAUUAACUCUCGCAGACAGAAAGGCGCUUUUCCACGGAAUUUGGGCGCCAAAGCCAACCUUCACCGAGAAGGAUUACCCACCAUUUGAUGGAAAGGUAGUGAUCAUUACCGGUGGAAGUUCUGGUGCAGGCUACGAGACAGCCAAGUCGUUGGCCGGUUCCACCAACGCCAAAAUUUACAUUUUCUCCAGAAAUGAAGCUAAGACGCUCGCUGCCAUCAAAAAGCUCAAGGAGGAGGUAGCAAAGGAAUACAAGAAGAAGAGUACCGAUGUCAGCUUUGUGCAGAUUGACUUCAAUGACUUGUCUACCAUCAAGCCAGCCGUGGAGAAGUUCCUUUCUCUUGAAAAUAGAUUGGAUAUUAUUAUCCACAAUGCCGGUUAUAUGCUGAAGGAGUUGGGUCAGACUACCGCCCAGGGUCAUGAACUGCAUUGGGGAAUCAAUGCCCUCGGUCCUCACCUUCUCCAGAAAUUGUUAGAUCCCAUCUUGAUCAAAACCUCGAAAACCAACAAGAAGGGUGAAUCGAGAAUCGUUUGGGUCGCGUCUUCCUCUCAAUUCUGGGCUCCAAAGGGUGGUAUCAACUGGGAUGACGUUGAUAACAAAGACAGUACUGAUCCAAUUUUACUUUACGCUCAAAGUAAAUCCUUCAAUAUCAUUCAAUCGAUAACCUGGCCAAAGAAACAUCCUGAGGCCACCAAUGUUAUCAGCUCCUCUCUUUGCCCAGGGCUGCUUAAGUCUGACUUGCACAGAGACUCAGGCCUCUUUGUCAAGAUCUUGUCGAAGUUGCUCUUCUAUAAUCAAAGAUAUGGUGCAUACACCGAGUUGUACGCAGCUUUCUCACCAGAUAUUACUAACGGCACUCACUCUAUUGCGUUUGGUGUUCCAGGCACGAUCAGAGAAGACAUCAAGUCUGAUACUGCUAAUCAUGAUAAGGCUUGGAAAUUUUUAGAGGAGAACGUCAAGGAAUUCACCUAG